AUGGCCGAUGUUGAAGUUGAAAUUCCUAACAACCCCGUCCUGAGCGGAGGGGCUAUGGAUGUGAACACAGCACUCCAAGAAGUAUUGAAAACAGCCCUCAUCCACGGCGGACUCGUGCAUGGACUCCAUGAAGCUGCUAAAGCUCUUGACAAGAGACAAGCUGUACUCUGUGUAUUGGCCGAGAACUGUGAUGAAGCUGCAUACAAAAAACUUGUACAAGCACUCUGCAAUGAGCACCAGAUUCCACUUGUUAAGGUGGACAACAACAAAAAACUUGGUGAAUGGGCUGGUUUGUGCAAAAUCGAUAAAGACGGCAAGGCGAGGAAGAUCGUCGGUUGCUCUUGCGUAGUUAUCAAAGACUUUGGUGAGGAGACACCGGCGCUGGAUGUGCUCAAAGACUACCUGAAGUCUUCAAGC